CUCCUUAUUUUCACACUACUUAAUCCAAUUCUACCUAUAUAGUAUACCGUUUCUUUCUCUCUCUAGACAUCUAAUUUUCUCUCUCUUAAUUUAUUCAGUUUCAAAUGGGUACUGAGGCUAUUGAGAUAAUUAAUUCAAAAGCUUUAACAGCCAUUUUUGAUAAUAAACCCAACUCAUGUUUCAAUCAAGAGAAUGAGUUUUGGUAUGAGGAAGAAAUUGAUGAGGAUCUCAAAUGGUCUUUUGCUUUGAAUAGCGUGCUGCAAAAAGCGACUAGCGAAUAUCAGGACAUUGUUUUACUUGACACAAAACGGUUCGGGAAGGUGUUGGUACUUGAUGGUAAAAUGCAAAGCGCGGAGGCUGACGAAUUUAUAUACCAUGAGUGCUUAAUUCACCCUGCCCUCCUUUGUCAUCCAAACAGCCCCAAAACUAUGUUCAUUAUGGGAGGUGGUGAAGGUUCUGCGGCUAGAGAAGCUUUUAAACACAAGUCAAUUGACAAAGUGGUCAUGUGUGAUAUUGAUCAGGAGGUGGUGGAUUUCUGCCGUAAACACUUGACUAUUAACCAAGAAGCCUUUAACAACAAAAAGCUUGAGCUUGUGAUCAAUGACGCAAAGGCUGAAUUAAAAGGGAGGAAAGAGAAGUUUGAUAUAAUUGUAGGAGAUUUGGCAGACCCAGUUGAGGGAGGACCUUGUUACCAACUCUACACCAAAUCUUUCUAUGAGAAAAUUCUCAAACCUAGGCUCACUGAUAAUGGAAUCUUUAUUACUCAGGCUGGGCCUGCAGGUAUCUACACCCACAAGGAGGUUUUUUCAUCUAUUUACAACACCAUUAGACAAGUCUUCAAAUAUGUAGUUGCAUUUACUGCUCAUGUGCCAUCCUUUGCAGAUACUUGGGGAUGGGUUAUGGCCUCGGAUCAUCCAAUUCUUAUUAAUGCUGAGGAUCUCGAUGACAAGAUCCAAAAUCGAAUUGAUGGAGAGCUGCUCUAUCUCAACGGGGCUUCCCUGCUUUCCUCAACUACCCUCAACAAAACACUUUCUCAAACGUUGCUGCAAGAAACGCAUGUCUAUACUGAAGAAAAUGCAAGGUUUAUAUAUGGUCAUGGACUAUCUAAUCGUCUUUUAAGGAUUGGAGCAGCAGAUACAGAUCCAACCUCCACUAAAUGACGUUGCUGUUGAACAGAAUAGUAGCUUCUAAAGGUUAAAUGAAGAAAAGUAUAUCUAGGGCACUUAUAGGAGUAAAAAAGCAAAUUAAAAAAAGGGUCUUAUUAAUUAUUGUUGUUGUAGAAAUUAUAUUAGUAGAGCACAUGCGACGGAAAAAAGCUGUCUACUCUUCAGUCUUCACCCAUGCUUUAUAUGAAUGAAAGUUUGAGGCAUUCCUCCAAGAACUAUUCUCAAAUCUCAAUAGCCAAGGCCCAACCGCCCAAGAGAUAAGGUCGUAUCGAAAACUUAAUGGCCUUAUUCUAAGGUUGAAACUAGAUGAUUGGGUAAAAUACCAUAUACAGAAGAACAGAAGAAAUGAUGCUGUUAGAAAAUAGGGUGUUGUAGUUUAAUUAUUGCGGAACAGAAAAUCAAUGAAAUAAUAAGGGUGAGAAAAUAAUAAAGAUGAACAAACAAAUAACACAAGAAUUUACGUGGUUCAAUCAAAUUUGACCUACGUCCACAGGUGGGGGAUUAGAGCUUCUUCACUAUAAUGGAGAAAAUCAGAGAGAAUAAUACAAGGGAUCCUAAAUCUAGAGGCUAAAAGUGUUUCAUAAGUUGUGUUAAUAAUAAUGAACACCAAUAGCCCUUUUAUAA